AUGAAAUUCUUCAAAUACUCUGAUCCCAGAUCACUUCGGUUAUCAUGCCAAGGAUUUUUCUCUCAAAACUUUGAAUGCUUAUUUCUGGAGGACUGGUUAGUGUCCAGGAUUUCAUUACCUUUGAAAGGGAGAAGAAAACUCUGUACUUGUUAUAAGCUGGUCUAUUUCCAACCAUUGGUCAUUCAUUUUGGCACCAAGGUAUUUGAAUUUUUUUACUCUCGGGAACGAUUUUGUCUUUUAUACAGAUCCCGUUAUUGA